AUGAGAGUCUCUCCCCCGCCCCGAGUCCUGCCCGAGCGCGCGACAGCAGCCGGAAGGGUAGGGACGAGGGGCGCAGGCUGACCGGAAGUUCAGGGGAAGGCGGCGCUAGUGACCGGAAGUGAAGCUCCGGGGGGCAGGUACUUAAAAUGGGGAACACAAGCAGUGAGCGAGCUGGUAUGGAGCGUCAUGGGGGCCAUAAGACGCCCCGAAGAGACAAUUCUGGUGGAGCCAUUAGUACAAAAGAAGGUGACAGACCAAAAAUCUUGAUGGAUAGUCCUGAAGAUGCAGACUUGUUCCAUUCUGAGGAAAUAAAGGCUCCACGAGAGAGAGAGGAAUUUCUAGCUUGGCAGCAAGAUCUGGAAGUGAGUGAAAAAGUCCCUGUUCAAAAUCGGCCAACAGUCUUUCGCUGGACUGCGGGAGGGAAAGAGGUUUAUCUGUCAGGUUCCUUCAACAACUGGAGUAAACUUCCUCUUACAAGAAGCCACAAUAACUUUGUAGCAAUCCUGGAUCUUCCCGAAGGAGAGCACCAGUACAAGUUCUAUGUGGAUGGUCAGUGGACGCAUGAUCCUUCGGAGCCAGUAGUAACCAGCCAGCUUGGUACGGUUAACAACAUCAUUCAGGUGAAGAAAACUGAUUUUGAAGUAUUUGAUGCUUUAAUGGUGGACUCCCAAAAAUGCUCAGAUAUGUCUGAGCUAUCAAGUUCACCCCCAGGACCCUACCACCAGGAUCCCUAUGUUUCUAAGCCAGAGGAACGCUUCAAGACUCCACCUAUUCUUCCACCACACCUGCUGCAGGUGAUCCUGAAUAAGGACACUGGCAUUUCUUGCGAUCCAGCUCUACUUCCUGAGCCCAAUCACGUCAUGCUGAACCACCUCUAUGCACUUUCUAUCAAGGAUGGAGUGAUGGUACUCAGUGCCACUCAUCGUUACAAGAAAAAAUAUGUGACUACAUUGCUGUACAAGCCAAUAUGAUUAGACCAGGUAUCCUGGGGUGAUGAAGUGCCAGAGGGAACAAAUUCUUCGUUAAACUGAAACAUGUGCAUGGUCUAUGCUAGUGUAAACAGACUCUGAUUUCAUAUGGUUUUAAAGACUUCACAUUUGUUUCAUAUUUGCCUUGUUCUCUCAGUCCCAUCUGGAAGUUUUCAGAUUCAGCCAGGACCAAAUAGAUGACUGGUGGUGCUGUCAUUUUCUCAGCUCAAUAACAAUCGCCUGGGAUCUACCAGUGAAAUCAGGCUGGGAAAUAUGGGGAUCGUGACAGCUCAAAUGUCAUCCAUGAGUGAUACAGGCUGUAGAAAAUAAUAUUCUAAGUAGUGCGGGAUCCUUGCUGAUUGAGUGGCUGUUUUUAUCAUAAAGCUCCAACAUUCAGUUAUAUUACCACUGAGCUCCACAAAGAGCCCAUUCCCUGGCUCGACUACACGUGAAAAAUGGCAUUCUUUCUGUUGCAGCUUUUUUGGGCAAAGCCAGAGAUGCUGCCACUACCACAGUCACUAUUUCUUUUUUUUUGUUUGUUUAAUCAGUAUACGAGUUGAGUAUGUUUUCCAAUGUGAGUGACGCUCUAGCAUUGUUUCUCUUAUGAGAAGUCCGAAAUAACUUUUCCCCAGUGGAAUUGCUGAUAAAGACAAUUGUUUUAAUUGCUGGGUUUCAUGUAGACCAUAUAAUGCGCCCUGCGAUAAUCUGUUCUUGUAACAAACUUGUAAUUCUCUUGCUGAUAAGGACUGGGCUGGGUUCCUAUAAAGAAAUUGACUAAUUUAAGGACUUUAAUUCUUCAGUAUCAGCUUUUAUCAAAUUGAUGGUAAGGUGACUCCCCAAGUUACUUUAAAAACUGUAUAGUAAAUGAGGUAUUGAGGGAAAAACUCAUCUGCUGAUAUAAGCAGCUGCGGCCCCUGUGAAGUGGCACUGCACCCACUCAUGUCAAGGGCUGGAUUGGCCCUGAAUCUAUAUUUGCAUUUGACUCUGCCAACUUAAGUUCAUGUGGCCUCUGCAGCAAGGACUCCCAACAAUUUCUGUCACUUCCUGCUUUAUUUAUAUUUGUAUAAACGAAUGUAGUUCUCGCAAAUGGUGCCUGGUUGCCUUUCGUAAUGAUGAUCCAUUUGAUCCCAAAAUGAAUGCAGUAGGGGCAACGCAAAAUUCCCUGCCAAUGUGCCUCGGUCCCUCCAGGGCAGGCCUAACUUAGGGAAUGCGUAGUCCCUGCCCAUUUCUGGGCACCUCUGAGUGCCAAUAAGAGUGCCAAGAGUGACCCACUACACAUGGGUGCAUAUUACAAAAACCACCAGGUAGCUAAUCAUAUGGUUACUUAGAUCAUUGGUGACCACGAUUAGAUGUGAUACAGUCAGUGAUAAAACUCGUUUUCAGUCUUCUGAACUGUUCAAUUAUAUUGUUACAAUAUUUUGAGUAGUUCAGGGUACAUUGCUAUUGGGUUUUCUUUGAAAACAUGGAAUUCCUGUCACUGUCUGACCUCUUCAGAAACAAGUUAAAAUAUAAAGCAUUUUAAGGAAAAAUGGAUAAUGUGUUUUUGUGUCCUGUCAGCCCCACUGACCACGACCAUACUGGGUUGGCUGGUGGCAUAAUGUAAACUUGUUUGAGCGAUUGGCUGAAAAAGAGUGCACUGGGAGGCUUUACAUUGUUCAGGUUUUGUUUUGUUUAAUUCUACAGUUGUAAAUUCAGCUUUCAGGAUAGAGAUUGCACUACAGUUCUUGCAAUGGGGAAAUGGAAAAAUACUGUUUCUUUUGGUUUUUUACAGGGCAAAUAUUUGUAAUCAAAAAUAAAGUGAGCACUGUACACUUUGUAUUCUGU